AUGCGCGCUGUAUCGACUUAUUUGGGGGAGAACGUUGUCGUUUUGCAUUGGCAAUUAUAUCCACACUUGGUACGACUGAUUGUGCUCAGCUUUGCUUUUCAGCCUCUCAACCAGCUCGUUUACUGCCUUCUUCUUCUAUUAUCCGAUACAAGUAGAGUCAUGUCGUCGCCCAGCUCUGGCAAGCGUCGCAUGGACACUGAUGUGAUAAAGCUGAUCGAAAGCAAGCACGAGGUCAAUAUCACAGGCGGACUCAAUGAAUUCAAUGUCAAAUUUUAUGGACCCUCUGGAACUGCAUAUGAAGGAGGCGUUUGGCGGGUACGUGUUGAGCUGCCAGAGAAGUACCCAUUCAAAUCGCCUUCGAUAGGAUUUAUGAAUAAAAUCUUCCAUCCGAACAUUGAUGAAGCAAGCGGCUCCGUCUGCCUUGAUGUGAUUAAUCAGGCAUGGACAGCUCUGUAUGACUUAGCGAACAUAUUUGAAUCAUUCCUCCCGCAACUGCUCACUUAUCCGAACCCUACGGACCCGCUCAACGGAGAUGCUGCUGCCCUUUAUCUGCAUAAACCCGAAGAGUUCAAGAAGAAGUGCAAGGAUUACGUAGAACGUUUCGCUUCUGAAGAUGCACUCCGUCGUUUUUUCAACGAAACAUCCUGCAAGCCUGAUUACCACAUGGACAAACCGGAUGACGAUUCGGACCUCUCAAGCAUGUCAGACUACUCAGAGGACGAGGCCCAGGUAGAUCAGCAUACAUCCCCGGUUCUAAAUGCUGGUUGCAUUUUUCAUCACAGCUAUAUCAAUCCAAAGGUAUGCUUCGAAGUGUUUUCACGGAUAUCUCAAUAUUGUUCUCAUGGAAUCGUGUUUACUAUGCAAGUUUUGUUUCGAUGA